AGUCGCUAUUUUCAGAUCGGAUCAUGCACAUCGAUGUUAAGUCUAUGAGCACUGACAUUUAAUUUCGAAUCGUUCACAACAUGAUUAUGUCGCGCCCUAAACAACUUGAAUCGAAAGAAGUAUACAACAUUUCUAAUCUACAGACGCUACUGGUUCAAGGAUGCCUCGAAACUUCACAAAAUCCUUUGUGGAUAAUUCAAAAAUCUGAUUUCGGAGGAAGAGGACUAUUCGCUCGCAAAAGGAUUCAUAAAGGAGAACUUAUUUUGACAAAUAAACCGCUGGCAACUGGACCAAGAUAUAGUGACUCUAAUAUAUCAUUUUGCUCUUAUUGUUAUGAAACUAGUGAUGAAAACAAAUCUUGCGAAAAAUGUGGAUUGUUAAUGUGCUUAGAAAAUUGUAAUGUGUCGCAAAUGCAUCAAGAAGAAUGUAAAUUUAUUUCUACAUAUUGGAAACCAAAGUCUAGAAAAUUUUUAAGCAUCCUUGGCCGAAUUCGAAUUUAUAUACAAUUAUUUCUUUUAUCCUCUGAAAAGAGAGAAAUAUUACUACACUUACAACACGACACUUCUUCCACAUUUCAAGACUUAGAAUCUAUUUUUUCAUGUUUCCAUAUACCAAAGGACCACAUUGAAUUUAUGAAAACCAUGCACUCGAUUCUGAAAAUAAAUUCCUUUAGAAUUCCUUCUAACAAUCGAGAAAAAACAAUACGGUUGUGUGGUUUGUAUCCUUUAGCGGCUUUCUUGAAUCAUAGUUGUGUGCCCAAUACAAGAAAUAUAUUUAAGAAAGAUAAAACGAUGGAAGUAUACGCAUCGAGAGAUAUAGAAAUUGGAGAGGAAAUAUUAAGCUGUUAUACCAGCCUUCUGUGGUGCACUCCAGUCAGACGAUACCAAUUACACAUAUCAAAGAAUUUUUGGUGUAAAUGUAGUAGAUGUAAUGAUGCUACGGAAAUGGGAACAAAAUUGUCAGCUUUGAAAUGUUUUAUCAAGGAGUGUGCGGGCGCACUUCUGCCUCAACAUCCUAUAAAUCCAACAACAGACUGGUGCUGCGAUACUUGUCAUGCAAAAGUACCUAUAACACAAAUAAAUUUUUUGCAAUCUAUUAUCGGAAGUCUCGUUAGAAUACUAUCUGAGGAAGAAGACAUUGAUCAACAAAAUGUAGUAUUAAAGCGAUUGGAAUCAUUCUUGCCUUCUUACAGUCACAUAUUUCUUGACUUGGAUUUUAAAAGAGCUCUUAAGCUGGGAUACGAUGGGGGUUUGAAGUUAAAGGGUAUUUUAGAAACGUCAAGUAUUUUAUGUUGUAUCAGCUUUCAGCUAACAUGACUAACCUAAAAGCCAGUGAAAUAUAAAUUAAAAUAAAUAGGCACUAAAAAUUAUUCAAAAAACCUCAUCACAUCGGCUUCAGAGCUGUCGGAGUCUCGACUGGCGUUGAAGGAGAAGCUGUGCCGCGGCACUCUGCGCACGACGGCGGCGCUGGGCGCGGGCGACGCACACCUCCGGGGCCUGCUGCUCUAUCACCUGCACGCCGCGCUGGCAGAACGCGCCCGCCGUUCGCCAGACCUAUAUGAAGAACUGAAGUCGGAAAUCGAAAGUACUAUUGAUCAAGCAUACAACAUACUUCAAGGGGAUAUAUCAGCACCUCCGGAUUUGGAACUCAGACGUCGAUAUUUAGGCCCAGGAUGUGACAAAUCACAAGAAGAGAGAUUUUUCAUACUUGAUAAAAAGAAAAAUUUCGUUACGUGUACUCAAUAAUAUUAUAACAACGUUAUGUCACUAAACAAUUUUGAAAUAAUGUUGUUUCAUUAAUUUCAUUAAUGGGCAGAACGUUAAAUUCGCCUAACUAAUGUAUAAUAAUAUCUUACUAAUAAAAAUAUUUAUAACUGUU